CGUCAGUCGUCACUCGUCACAUCAAGCAAUGAUUUGGCAAUAAGUGGAGUAAAAAUUUAUGUUAAAUAAAUCAAAAGAAAGCUUAUCAUUGCACUUUCUUCGCGAUAAAAUAACAUAAACAGUUGCUGUUUAAUUUAUCAAUCGAUACAUGAUAUCAAUGUUGUCCAGAUAACAAUUUCACGGUGCAGUAGAUUGUGAAAAGUGGGUGGAUCUCAACUAAGAAGAAUGUCUCACUCACCAGUUAGCAUAAAGUUCAAGUGGGGUCUGAGUGCGUCAGACCCUGAGCAAAAGCCAGUGCUGUUUGUGGGGCAGGCCUCCCACCUUGCUGCCUUGUCUUGGCAGGAUGUUAGCUGCAAGCUCGAGCCCAAAGUCUCUGAAGAGGCAUGGCGCCGAGGCAUCAACGUAGCCUCGCCAGGCGAGCUGUGCGAGAUUUGGCCGCGCGCUGCGUCGCUAGGGGUCCUGCCACCGCGCCGCUCGCGCCACGCGGCGCCCGCACGCUCGCACGCACUGUCCAAACUCGUGCGCUCCGGCUUACGCUCCUCUUCUGAGGAGUUUGUAGUGCUGGUAUGUCGCAAGCGAGACGUCCUCGCGAGCGCAGUGGCGAUCGCCCGCGCGAUACCGCUGUACAGCGCGCGCUCCGGACCCAGCCCGCUGCCCGGCAGCCUCACGCCGCCCGUCACCCCCACCACUACUACGAGGAACACCCUCACUGUAGAAAUACACAUUGCACAAGAUGAAGGUGACUCGGAAGAAGAAGGCCUGGGUCCCUUAGACCCCGAACUCCUAGAGAAUACGUUAUCAACUGAGGAGUUGAGCACGAUACAAGACGUAGCGGACGCGACCAGGCUCGCCGCGCGUAUCACUGACACGCCCGCUAAUAUCAUGGACGUGGACGCGUUUAUUGAGGAAGCGUGCAAAGUAGCCAAAGAUCUGGAUAUAGCCGAGCCGACGAUAAUCCGUGGAGAGGAACUGAAGGAGCGGGGCAUGGGUGGCAUCUACGGCGUGGGUAAGGCCUCCGUGAAGCCGCCUGCACUCGUCGCACUCUCGUACACCGCCGCAGGUGCGACAGAGACGGUCGCGUGGGUCGGCAAGGGCAUCGUGUACGACACCGGCGGUCUGAGCAUUAAGGCACGGACCUCCAUGGUGGGCAUGAAGGGCGACUGUGGGGGUGCAGCCGCGGUGUUAGCUGCCUUCUCAGCGCUGGUAAAAGCCAAGCCCAGCAUUAACCUGCACGCGGUAUUGUGCCUCGCUGAAAACUCCGUCGGACCCAACGCUACCAGACCUGACGAUAUCCACCAGCUGUAUUCAGGGCGCACUGUAGAAAUCAAUAAUACUGAUGCUGAAGGUCGCUUAGUGCUAAGCGACGGCGUCGUAUUCGCUCAGCGGGAUUUGAAGGCGGAUACCAUUGUUGACGUCGCCACACUCACUGGAGCACAGGGUACAGCAACAGGCAAAUACCACGCGGCCAUCAUAUCCAACUCAGCUCGCCUGGAGAGCCUCUGCGUGAGCUCGGGUCUGGUCUCCGGGGACUUGGCUCAUGCUCUGCCCUUCGCUCCGGAGCUUCACUUCUCCGAGUUCAGCAGUGUCGUGGCCGAUAUGAAGAACAGUGUUGCUCAGGACCGAAACAACGCUCAGCCAUCUUGUGCGGGGCUGUUCAUCUUGGCACACCUCGGGUUUGACUUCACCGGCGCCUGGCUGCACGUGGACAUGGCGGCGCCCGCGCAUUGCGGCGAGCGUGCAACCGGCUACGGUGUAGCACUGCUGACGGUUCUGUUUGGCGCCCAGACGCGCAGUCGACUGCUCAAGGCGUUGUCGCCCAACAAGUGACGACGGUACACUCUCACCACCGUCCGCGUGAGCGGCCUCUAACCACCACCACUACCAGCCACCAUAAGUCCCAUCUAUAUGACGUGCAAAAUAUGGCUGAAAAAGAAAUGUGUUGCAUUGAAUCAGGAGUUACUUUGCGGAAUUCCAUGAUAUCGAGGAAGAAAAAGUUUAAUUUGCUAUAAUCCGUCAAAACAGAGUAAUCUAUGUGGUACAACGUGCAGUAUGCGGUAUGCACCGUCUCCCUUCCCUCUACUAAAGAAGCAGGAAAAGCAAGCAAUCUAUUUCUUUUAUCAUAGCAUGAUAGCAAUAUUUCAUAUUGGUGGUACAAAGUGGUGAAGCGUGUUUUGCGAAAUCAUAAUACUUAUAAGUACACGAAAUAUUAAUUAGAAUUGCCUCAAUAGAAACAUUAAAUAAUUAUUUAAUAAAAAUAAUUACACAUUUCACACGAAAUAAUAAACAAACACCAUCAACUGAGAGUAUCAUACCAAAAUAAUAGUGUGUUCAAAUAAAUAUAAUAAUGUUUUAUAGAAAAUUUCUCAAAAAAAAAAGAUUUACGCGCAACACACACCUGCAGAGUGGAGUGGAGCUGAGGCGCACCGCGACAGCUCACGACAGUUAGGAAAGUUGUAACGAAACGCCAAACUUCGCCUACCCAUUUCGUCUGGUAGGCUAUGAAACUGUACUAGGAUUUCACAUCACCCCUAACCUAAUAUUUGACAGAUGUCGAUUGAAGAUUAAAAGCAAAAGUAGCCUUGCUCUAGUUCACUCUGGCUGCAUCUUUGUAUAAGACAACUCAGACUCUUAUUUUCUACAUUGUCAUCAUACAUUUAAAAUUCAUCAUCAUGAACAACCCAUCACUUGACGAUUUAUAGGCCGCCACGCUGGCCCAAUGCGAAUUGGCAGACUUCACUCACCUUUGAGAACAUUAUGGAAAACUUUCAGGCGUGCCGGUUUCCUACUUGCCUUCACCAUCAAUUGCUCAAAAGUUAAUGUCCUGAUGCCACUCAACUCUGCAGAUGUGCGUUGCUCCUUAGGUUUAGAUUUUUUUCUAGUAAUAAUAUCUUUUCGUGUCAAGUUAUUUCGAACUUUUAUAAAUAGCUAUUGUAUUGGAUUUUUUUUAAGGAAAAUAUUUUAUUAUGUAGUAAAAUUUUUUUUUUGUCACUAACAAUAAUUUAUUAUAUUGUUAUAAAAACAAAAUAUUUUUAUGGCUUAAUAGUAAUCAACUGUUGGGGAAUAAAUAAAUAAUAACUUUAUUUUAUUACGAUUGUGAUUCCAACUUGUACUUUAUGCGAUUUAUCAGCAUUUGUUUUUUUUAGAUUUUCUUUAUUUUUAAUACCCCAUAGACAAAGAGCCUUGUAUUAUGAAACUUCCGGUUCUUGGAUUGCGAUCAUCGUUCCUAUAUUUGGGUGAAUUGAUAGAUAUUAAAUAGAUAGAAUCUGGAGUAUAUGGGUUUGAUAAAAGUGCCAUACCCCUUUCAGCAACAAUCUGCAUCGUUACUUGUACAUCGUACGUACCUACGUCAUGUUAGAAUUUAGUAAAAAACAUCAAUAGAAGAUGUAGGUCUCAAUAAAAGCCGCCAUUCUAAAUGCUAAAGUAUUGUUCGCGUUACUUCUGUCCAAAAAAUAUCAGAGUUAUUUUCAAGUUGUACCUUAGAAAGAGGCAAGACUUUUACUUCAACAAGACAUGUAGAACCGAGGGAGUGAAAUGAGUUUAUAUAAAAUGAUUGCGAUCAUCGUAACAGUCGUAUUAAAAUUCCGUAAUACGGGGCAAGGCUAGUUUAAAAGCGUUUAUAUCAGACAAUAGUUAACGUAGUAGGUAUAGAUGUAAGGCAAAUAACACCAGUGUUCAUUAUAUCAUAAUCACACUAAUAUUAUAAA